UUUAGCCUGCAAAGGCCUGGCCCCAAGGGAGCUCCGUGGCUCCAGGCCUCCCUCCCUAACUGCCAAGGCCCCAGCCCCAGCCCUGGCAGCCCCGGGAAGCUUCCCGGUCCAGUGGAAGCCUGGUAGAACUUUCACACAGACAGACCUUCUCACCCGGAUGGCAAGUAACUAACCUGCCAAGAAACACUGUUUCCUCACUGAGAAAACGGCAGAAACACGCCCCGGAGCAGGGCCGCAAGGAAGGUUCCCAGCAAACAGCUUGGCCGCACGCCCUCCCCGCCGCACCAGUCCCUCCCAGUUUCACAGUCUGGCCUCCAGGAUGCAUGCCGAAUCCCAACAGCUCUUCCCUCUGUCUGGCCACCAUCCUGGACAGGGUCUCCCUGAAUCCCUGCAUCGGUCUCACUGCCACCCCCACCUCCACAGCAUCGUCUCACAGAGCAGCAGAGCCACCUCUCAAAGGGACAUUAGAGCUGGUCAGUCUCCAGCUGUUUCACUCCAUCUGUUCCUGGGACAAAAGCCACACUCUGACACCCCCUCCCGCAGGAUGGCAUGGGCUGGACCCUGCACGCCUGUCCUUUCCCUCCUACCCACACUCCACACUCCAGCCUGUGCUCUCGGGUCCCUAAACAAGCCACGUGGCCACUCCUCGGGCCUUGGCCCUGCAGUUCCUCCUGUGCUCCCCCAGUUCUGCUCACAGCCAGCUCCUCUCAACCUUCCAGCUCUGCUCAGGGCACUGCCCAUGCAGCAGUGUCCCCUCCCCCAAGCCAGGGGCUCACUCUCCUGUCACCCACUACUCCCUCCACAGCAUCUACCACAGUUGGGACUUAUCCUGGGUGCUGUCUGCUGGCCUGUUGGGUGUAAGUUCUACAAAGGCCACAGCCUCAACUCUCCAGGUCACCACCAUGUGCCCCCAUCUGACCGACCGCUCUCUCACCAGAAAGCCCACCCCUCUCAGCAUCCCACCCUGUGACCACCAUCAGCGGCCCUCCCCAGGCUUGCCUGAGAAAUCGCAUCUCCUCGUCCUUCUUCUCAUCUUC